AUGGGGUCCAACGCCGAUCGAAGAAAUCCGCGCGGCCGCGCCGCCUCGGCCGCUGCUCUCGACGCCCUCGCCGCCUGCGGCGGCGCCUCAUCCCUCUCCCUCACUUGCCUCCUAACCCCCCCGCGUGGUGAUUUACUCUGCCUGCUUCUCGCUCCCCUCUCGCCCGCUCCGUCGCUGCGCGGCACGGGCCGCCGAGAGGCCGGGCUGCAGCAGGUGCACAGGCGGGCCAGCUGGGGCAGAAACUGCGAGGGGCUCCAGCCCAUGGCGCCAGGAGCCACCCUGCUCUCUGACGCCCUGGGUGUGCUGUAG